GUGAGCCGGGCCAUCCGGGGUGGCUGUAGGCUGCCUCGUGCACGGCCCUUUGGAGCAGCUGUGACGACACUGCACGGUUCUUUCUGUGGCGCAGGAGUCUCCCCCGGCAGCCCAGGGACCUGUGGCUCUCCUUUUUUCACUUCAAACGAAAACAAAAAUACCACAGCUGUGUUGUUGCUGACCAUCCAGGGUCUGUGAAGGGAGGGGCUGUUUGACUGGCAGAUCCUCAGGCUCCUGAGAGGAAGACAGGGCUGUUGCCCCCAGAAAAUGAUGCAUCCUGUUGCCGGCAGUAACCCAGCGUUCUGUGGGCCUGGCAAGCCUUCCUGCCUCAGUGAAGAUGCCCUGAGAGCUGCUGACCAGUUUGAUAUAUAUUCUUCCCAGCAAAGCAAGUACGGCCACACAGUCAGCCACAAACCCAUGGUUUGUCAGAGGCAAGACCCAUUAAAUGAAACGCACUUGCAGCCCACCAGUGGCAGAAACAUAGAGAUAAAAGAUGAACUAAAGAAAAAGAAAAACCUCAAUCGAUCUGGUAAGCGCGGCCGGCCUUCGGGAACCACCAAGUCAGCGGGAUACCGGACCAGCACAGGCAGACCCCUGGGAACCACCAAAGCAGCUGGAUUUAAGACAAGCCCAGGCAGACCUUUGGGUACAACCAAAGCUGCAGGGUAUAAGGUCAGCCCAGGGAGACCUCCAGGUAGCAUUAAAGCUCUGUCCCGGCUUGCAGAUCUUGGCUAUGGCUGUGGUACUGCUGCCUUUCCUUACCCUAUGAUGCAUAGCAGAGCGGUUCACGGGGUUCAGGGAACCAGCAGUGAAGUCAAGCCGCCCAGUGAAUGAGCCAGGCAGGGGAGCUCGUGUUAGGAGCAGACUGAGGCUUUCCAAAGCUUCUUGCUUUCAUUUGGCUCUACCCCCUGGACUCCCAGUUUUGUUUUCUGUUGAUCUCCCUUACUCCCCACUCCUCCUCUCCUUUUGCUCGGAAGCUGCCACGUGUUGACAGAUACGCGUAGGGCAGGAGUAGUGCAUUGAAUCUAUAUUGUACAAGGUUCAGACAACACUCAAGCUAAGUCAUUUUUGCUUUCCCUUUGGACCAUUCUUAGUAGAUGCUGCACAGGCUACCGGCUGCCACGGUUGUUUUCAGUUGUGAGGAAACCAGUGCGGUAAUGUUUGCCUGUGGCGUUCUAACCAAUGGGGCAGAACAGCAGCUAGUUAACAGACCAAAGGGUGUGGCUGUGUGAGUUUAGACCUUCCAUGAAACAAGGCACAGUUGUCUGGAUGCUUUGGAAUGUAAAACACAACUUGUUAUUUAUUGAUUCACAUGACAUGAGCUGAUCAUCAUUCCUAAGGGUUGUCUAAUACUGGUCUUGCAAAGGCUAUAGUUACAGGUUAUGUUUUCCAGUUGCUUAAGAGCAUAUACACCGAACACUACAAACAAUUCAUACUUACAGCAAGAUCCUUAAAUACUUCAUAAACCUGCACAUUAUAUUUAAUAUACAAGAAGAAGAAACCUUUAGGUCUGCAUGUAACUAUAAUCAAUCUUUGUCUUUCAUAUAUUUAAUGAGUCUCAAAGUAUUAUAUUUAAAAAUAUUACUAUUGCUCAUUUAUUUAGAAUGCCUUUUUCGUUUCUCUGAGUAAUUGUUGUUACAUUGCAUUAGUACUUAACUGCAUUUUCAGGUUUAUAUCUACCAAAGGGUACAAAUUGAGUGGUAGACUGCAAAACUGGUCUAGGCAGAGAAUAGUCUCCUGGCUGUCAAGACCCAAAUACCAAGAGAUGUAGGAACUCAGUAUUUGUGAACAAACCUGUAAAACAAGUGCUGGUUAGCUUAAAAAUGGCAUUUGGCUCCCAAAAUAAACCUCUUUUCCCUAGGGAGACUUGCUUUAAAAGCAAUAUAGAAAAGAGAAAAAUUCUGGACACAUAGGUGUAGUUACAGAGGAAUAUCUUCCUUUCUGAAAUAUUUCUUGUUAAUAAUACAUUUUAUUUAUUCUGAGUUUGUUCUAAAUAAAAUAAUAUGAACUUUAGAAUUGAAAAGCUUCAGUGGGCAGUGGUGGCACACACCUUUAACCCCAGCACUCGGGAAGCAGAGGCAGGUGGAUCUCUGUGAGUUUGAGAGGUGUACAUAGUGAUUUCUAGGACAGCCAGCACUAUGUAGAAACCUUCUCUUAACAAAACAGAGCAAAAAAGAAUGAAAAGCUCUCACUGGACUUUUAAAAAUUACAUUUUUUACUUGCAUUUCAAGAUGCCUUUAAUAAAGUAUAGAUUUACAGGAUUCAAAACUUCAGAAAUAGGGCUGGAGAGAUGGCUCAGAGAUUAAGAGCACUGGUUGCUCUUCCAGAGGUUCUGAGUUCAAUUCCCAGCAACCACAUGGUGGCUCACAACCAUCUAUGAUAAGAUCUGGUGCCCCUUUCUCACAUAAAGUUGUAUAUGCAGAUAGAGUACUCAUACAUAAAAUAAAUAAAUCCUUUAAAAAAAAAAACCUCAGAAAUAAUCAAAUUUAAAAGGACGCAUACCUGUUGGUUAGGCUUGCUCUCAGUUCAUGCAAACCAACUGCACAUAAUGCCAUGUUUUAGGCCUUUAUCAGGAAACAAGCAGCAAACCUCAGGUGCCCCAAGGAUAGCUGACACAAGAGCUGGGCUUCUGCACUGACAGUAAGAGGUGUCACACUGCAUGUGGGGACAGCGACCUCAACACUACUAGCCUUGCACAAGCUGUAGGGAACAGCAAACAAUGCUGGUGACUACACAGCCAGCUGUAUCAUUCAGGCAGCUAAACUGCUUCAAGAGUUUCUUCUUGCAGAAGCUUAGAAUACAGAACUUAAUAUUUUACUCAGAACAGUGUAACUUCUGACACACACAAAUGCUUGCAUCUUCUCUCAUGUGUUCACCUGGUCACUUGAGUAUCCGUCACUUAGUGGUUUCUGAAGAUGUUUAGCAGCUGGCUGCUUAGAGAUCCUUGCACGGCUAGUUCCUGAAGACAGUUAAAGCGUUCCGCGAUAGAGUCGUGCACACCACUGGCAAGGAUGUGGGUGCGUGCCGUGUCUCAGAGUGAGUCCGCUCAUCAUCCUUUCGGUUUGGUUUCGUUCCUGGCUUUGUACCCUUCUGUCCCCCCCCCCAAGCUCCCCAACACAUCUACUCUGGUGCUGUGCUGUGUCAGAAGACAGAGUGGUGUGUUGUACAGUGAGUUUUGUAUCCAUGUCGUGACAUGGGACAUGAGUUUAAGGAGAGAUGUUCAUAGCAGUGUUAUUAUCUAUCGGGAGCUCUUAUCCCAGGAGAGGGGGAUGAGCGGCCACAGUUGUGGAUGGAUAACAUCACUUAGAAAACGGAAUUUACUGUUCCAGUGAGCACUCCUGGACUAGUAUCUGUGCCCACUGAUGAACAUCUUCUUCUACUUUCCUCCUUGUGGACAGUUUACUAGUGCCACGCUGGAGAGACACAGAUGUGAUGACAGGAAGGAGGUCUUCACAUAAACAUAUUUUUACUUCUACAUGGUGGAUCUAAAGACUGCAUUCUGCAUCUUUUGUAACAUGACAGACACUGAAAUAGCAUGUUAAACAGUUGCCUAGAUGUCAGUAUAUUCAGUUGGGGAACACUGCCCUUCCCCCACUGUAUAAUUGUUCCGUAAAAGGUAAAUUGCUAAUUUUAUACUGCGUGAUUCUAUUCUUCAUAAAAUAGGUUUCACUAUUCUAUAUUAAAACUGUCAGAAAAUUAUCUACUAUUCCAGUAAGUUGUUUUACUUUUUUUCUUAAAAGGAUAUUUUAACAUGCUGCAUUUAUUGUUAUAACAAAAAAGGAGUCAAUACAGAUGAAAUUUUCAUUUUCCACAGGUAUCACUUUGCCUAACUAAUCUUUAGUAUGGGGUGAUUUUGAUACUAUCUUUGGAGUUUUGCACUGGAUAUUAAAAACAUAUAUUGGCACAAUAUAUUGAAAAAUUAAAUAGUAUUUGGUUUAAUAUCUGGGAACAUUUUUUAAAAUCAGUGUUUAAAUCAGACUAACAAUUCUUUGUAUUUUUAAUUUACUUUUUAAAAAGAAACAUCUGUCAAUGUGGUAUUUAUUCAUUCCAACUGCUGUUUGUGUGAACUUGUAUAUGUUUUCAUGAAGUAAGAAUACUGAGUUUCUUUGAGGUAAAAUCUGGAUCCAUUUAAUUUGAGGUGAAGGGCACUUCAUCCAGUGUAAGAAUGAUCACAGUGUGAGUUUAGACAGUGAACUUCUUUAUACUUUAAGAAACUUUGACAGAAUGGUUCAGGGAGUGUUGAUAACCUCUCUGCCAUCCCUUGGCUAUGUGCAGUAAGUUAUGGUCCAUUACAGUAAGAUCAUAACUCAGCAGUCUUGAGCAUAAAGAGUUUUGUGCUCUUUUGUUCUAUUAUAACGUCAUUGACUUUGCUCAAACUCUAAGGUGUAUCCGAAUUUUUCCUUUGCUUUUCUCCCUUUUCCUCCAAGUAGACAAAUCUGUGUCCUCACAUACAGUGUAUUUAAGUUUUUUGAGAAUUAGUGCUGUAGCAAGUCAGUUGUAUGAUUUAAUCAGGCCAUUCUGAUUGUUUGAUUCACAAUUUGCUUUUUCCACAGACAAUUAUGAAGCAAAUAAUUACCACUUAACUGAUAAUAAGCACGUUGUCCUCUGCUGUAAAGUCUGAAUAGAUACUGUGUAUGUUUUAUUAAUUAAUGUCCAUGAACUUGAGCUACUCGUGUGCAAUUAUGUGUAUGGGAAUGGAGUAGUGUUCAUGAUUUGUAUCUACAUCAUCAUAUGGAUGUAUAUUUAUUAAUAAAGGCAUCACUUUAAAACCA